GAAAUCCCACAUACUCAUCGACUCACACAACUUUGAACACGUUUACUUUUCCUCGACGGAAAAAAAGGAACUCAAAAUGCUCGCGCAUUGCACAAAGUCCACCUUCCCGCCGGCGGAAUCUUACCUAACAACUCCGCGGUUCUCAAAUCCACGGCGGAGACCGGCGUCGGAACUUCAUUUUGGCUCGCUCAAUAAUUUUCCUACUAGAGUGUCGAAAGUGCAAGUCAAGGCUUUGGACCGUAACAACAACAACAACACCGGUGACGGCGGCGCUAGUAAGAACGCCGUUUCAUCGUCUUCGAAUACGAACUACGUUGUGCCGUUAGACAAGUCGUCAUCCUCUUGCAUUACUCGUCCUUUAGCUGAGAUCUUACGUGACCUCAACAAGAGAAUCGCUGAUAAUAUCAUUAAAGCUAAUGAUGGUGAUGAUAAUUCCACCUUUAUCCCCUGGUACCACGCGAACCGGAUGUUGAGCUUCUAUGCUCCAGGCUGGUGUGGAGAAGUGAGAGAUGUUAUUUUCUCAGAUAAUGGAAGUGUAACAGUUGUUUAUCGUGUCACUAUACGAGGAUCAGAUGGAGAGGUAUGAUAAUUCUUCCAAACAAGUGC